AGCCCCCGAAGCAGCGGGGGCGGGCGCGCAGCGGCCCUGGAUAGAGCUGGCGAUGGAGAUCGGCAGUGCGGAGGUGCCGCCGCUGGUCGACGAGGGGCAAGUGAUCUUGAACGAUGAACCUGCCAGGGCGCCUCGGAGGAGGCGUGAGUGGAAGGUGCCGUCGCCCAGCGCAUCGAGGCCCGUCUCUCCGAGACUCGACGAGGACCCCGUGCUGGGCGCGCUCCGGGAGCUUCGGAGGGAGCACGGCCAGAUCCUCAACGAGAUCCUGUCGCGGCUGCCGCCCACCGGAGAGCUUCGGAGGGAGCACGGCCAGAUCCUCAGUGAGAUCAUGUCGCGGCUGCCGCCCGCCGGAGA